CUUCUGCAGUGAGGAAAUGAACUAGUUAAGAGCCACAGAUGAGAAAGAAAACAUAAGAAUGCGUGAAGAAACAUGGAUUUGUUUUUGCCUACAUUAGCUACAUAUUUGGAAUAUUUUUUGGUUAUCCUUAAACUAUGACAUUCUUAUAUCGGCUUGUAUGGAAUAUGCUGUGGAACACUUUUGUUUGCUAUCCUUACACAGGACACUAACAACCUUGCGCUGCCUUCUUCAAAUCAAGACAUUUCAACAAAAUGUCAAGAUAAAACACCUGAAGGUUCUAUUUACAAACUCCAUCCACUCCAACGGUUCUUCAAUACUCCUGUCCAUUUGUUGAUUCCAUAAUGAGUGAAGAUCCCAAUCAUCACAGGAAAGAGGGGAGCAGAGGUUCCAAAGCCAAAACCACACACUCAAAGCCACAGCAGGAGCAGAAGGGCAAGAGCAGCCAGCCGCAAAACCGUAAGCCAGAGAGGAGACAUCACAGAGACAGAGAACCCCAAAGGAGCCGUAGCACUGACUCUCAACAUCUGGGCAGAAGCAGGGGAAGACACCGGGAGAGAGAGAGGGAGAAUGGACACGUGAGGAGAGAGCGUGGGAGAAGUGAGGAGGCACGCAGGCGAGACAGUAACCAUGGUGAUCAGCAUAGGUCACCAGCGUCCCCUACUGAUGACUUAGGAGACACAGAGUGUCCUAUUUGUUUCUGUAGCUAUGACAAUGUGUUCAAAACACCCAAGCUUCUCCCCUGUGGCCAUACUUUCUGCCUAGAGUGUCUCGCUCGAAUCAAUGUGAACUCUCCAGAGCUCAAGGAGCUCUCUUGCCCUGUGUGCCGUGAAGUCACACAACUACCACAUGGUCGUGAUCUUCCACAGCUGGUUAACAACCAGGAUGUGUUCCAGAAGCUUCCACCUGAGAUGCAGAGAGCACUGUCAGUGCGCUUCAAACGUAAUAAGGGCAAACUGGAGCUGAAAAGCAAAUUACCACACCAGGAUCCAACCACCAAGACACUGAAGAAGCCAGAGACAGUGAGUAACAGUCGCUCUCUGGCCUUGGUGGAGUCAGGCGUCACAAGUCCAGUGACCAGCGUGGAUGUGGGCCGGCCCCCUAACAGAAUGCAUAGUCACAUGCGUCGUGUCUUCCGUUCCAACCAAUGCUACUACGCAGCAGUGGGAGUGAUCAUUGCUGUCACUGUGGCACUAAUGCUAGUGGGCGUGCUAGUCUUUGUGAUCAUCCCUCGCGUGACCCAUACUGGAGGGGUCCGGCCCCCUCCUGGAAACAAUACAAAUCCCCUCCCUGGGCAACCAGCUCCAGGCGGACCCCCUUGACAAUCUGUGGUAUCUGUGAAAAACUACAGUAAUUAAAGGACAACAUUGUAUGUUGAACAUUUUCCAGAAUAACGCAAUCAAACAAAUCAAUUAAUCUCAAUCUGAAUGUCGUAGAAAUGCAUGUGAGAGGUUAUAAAUUUGUAUUUCUUAUAAGUUCCGUAUAAUGCCACAGAGAUAUUUUUAAGAGAGGUCUACAUUUAACUAAUGAUGAGCUAGCAUAAUUAAGCGUACUUUUUGGUGAAGUGCACUACUACUGCAUGAUGCUAUUUGCCAUCACCUUUACAAUCAAACAGUAAUCAGUAAUCCUUUAUGAUUUCUUGAGAUUUUGUGUUAUCAGUGUGGGAAUUAUUCUCUCAUACACUUAAGUAAAAAGUGUUUUGUAUAUAGUACUUCUUGAUGCCCAAUGAAUUCAGCAACAUGAAGAUGAACAUGAGGGCCAUUUCCAGAAGAUGUGAAAAAAAAAACACUUUCAGUAAAGAUUCUUACAAAUCUCUGGAGAAUGUCUAUGGUGAAUGUCUGUGUAUCAUUUCACAAUCACACUUUCCUCUGUCAGUUCAUCAAUGUUCAAUGCUGAAAAAACAGGGUUACUGUACAUUGUGCAAUACCAGCCGCUCUGGGCGCAAAUCUGCAAUGUCAGGGACUCCAUUCUCUGUAUUGUCAGUAAAGUAAAAAUAACUUACAGUAUGUUGUUGUUUUCACACCAUGGAAGAUAGGAUAGAUCAACGAUUUUUAACAGAUCAUGAUAGAACUCUACCAAAUCACUAUUUACUGUCACUGACGUGCAGUUUACUGUAGGCUACUUCUCUUGUGAGUGACAGCAAAACGGGCUACUUAUUUCUUUCAUGAUGUUUAAAAAAAUAUCUACAUGUAGCUUCUAAUUUCCUGCAUGUCCCAGCUCUCCUGACACAAGUGCAGGGUAACACUAGAAAUGUCCAUGGGGUGCACCUAAAAAUAUGCAUAGCAAAAUCAAUUUGCAUACUGAACAUAAUUUUAACUUUGUGUAAGCUAUGACAGUUUCAUUUACAGUAGGUGUUCUUUGAUGUGGAUCAGCACCACCAUUUCCUGGGUCCAUUCUUGGCCCAUUGCCUAACUCUGAACUGCAAAACAUGAUCUAACCAAGUGGUAUUAUCUUAUAUUAAGAUCAAAAAUCCAUUUGAUAUGGUUUUUAGUAUGAAAAGACUUAUCUAGCACUCUCUCAAACGAUAAUUUUGACAAUUUAAGAAGACUUUUAGACUUUUAAGAAGACUUAUUUUAAGUCUUCCAACUAGGCUUUUUAAAAUGUUUUAAUCUUGAUGUAAGAUUAAAACACUUGGUUAAUUUUAUAAGCAGUUUUUGCAGUGCUAACAAAGCGAACAACCUAACAAAAAACAACGGUGAAAAUCCUCUUUGGCAGAGGUUCUGUAACAAAUCUGAGACACUUGGUGGAGAUAUGCACCAUGCUGAGUGUCAUUCUAGUUUUAACUUUAUUUUCCCAUGAGGUUCAUUGAAAAAGGCACGAUACAGUAUCUCCAAAUGAGUAUACUGUGCAAUCGAUCUAUCUACCUAGGCCUAUCCAAUAUGUUUUGUUCGGUACGUUGAGAAAAGUCAAUAUAGGGUUUUACAUUGUAGUAGUUUGUCCAGAACUUUCUCUGUAAAUAAUCAUCAGAUAGGCUACUGUUGUAAAACAUGAAGGGAAAUGGCAUUUCACUUUUGUUUGUGUGUGUGUCUGGGGGAGGGUGGGGGAUUUGGCUAUUUGGUUAUGUCUGACAGUAAACUGUGUAUUUCCAUAAUUUACCUGAGAUGAGAUCGUUUGGCCUUGCCAUUUUGAUGAAAGAAAAUGU